UUUGCUCUCGUAUACAGUUUUGGACUUUACAAACGAUUUAAGAAACAUCGUUAUGGCGGACGGCAGGUGCGAGUUGUAGCGUUGUUGUAAAAUAGUACACGCUAAAAGAAAGACAAAAGAUCAAGCCUACAUUAACUGAGAAAUCUCAUUGGCCUACAUAAUCCAUCAACAUGAAUUACCAAAAAGUGUACAUGAACCAGAUCUAUUCCAGUUCCAUCAUGAGACAGGUGGCUCAGAUGUGGAAAAAUCAGCUGCUGUGUGAUGCUGUCAUUAAAACGGGGAAUAUUCAAACAAAGGCUCACAGAUUGGUGUUGAUUGCAGCAUGUCCCAUGCUCCAGCACAUGGAAAAUGCCUCUGUUGGAUCGCAUUUAGAAGUCCGGCUAAAUGCAGAUAUUAAGCAGAAUUCUGUCACAGCCUUUUUGCAGUAUUUAUAUGAAGGUUACAUGAUGUUAACAGAAGAAAACUGCAAGGAUGUUGAAAAGAUUGCAAAACUCUUGCAUGCAGAUGGUGUGGCAAAGUGUUGUAUUGAUUUUCAAAAGUGUUUGACUGCCAAAUCUGGCAUGUCAUCUUAUGAUGGUGCUAAUUUUGAAAUGCAAGACAGUGUUGAAUUCCGUUAUGUAUGUUCCACAAACAUCCAAAAGACUCUUCAAGAUGGUGCAAUGAAAAGAUCAUCAGACAGCAGUGGUAAACCCCCAAGUCCUGAUAAUAAGAGAGCAAGGGUACAGCCAUCUAGUCCAAGUGGACUGGGUCAGAGAAUGGAUGACAGAUUCAGCAUGGCACACAGCUAUACGCAAGACCCAUUUGAACGUGUCCCAAGACUUGGAUCAGGUUUUUCUCAACCAAAGCCUCCACCAGGAGUUAUAGAAAUUAUAGAGGAUUCAGUAGAGUUGGUCACUACUGAUCCUCCAGAGAGGGAUGCAAAUGGGUGGCCAAAGAAGUCAGACAGGCCACCGGUCCAAAAGAGCAUGUCCAUCUCAGUGGCUGGUCAGGUGAAAGGAGGUGACAGUGAUGUACAAAUUAUCAAUGUUUCUAGUUCAGGCGUGCCCCCCCAGAGCAAGCAACCAAAUAUAGGAAGAGGGCGACAUGAUCCAACAAAUGAAAGACUUUCUUCAAGUUUCGAUCAAUCACAGCCAACAAAAUCAUCUCAGAAACAACCACCGUACAACAUGGACCAGUCACCUCGGACAGACUUGGAAGGUGCUUUUCAGAGACAACAGUUAAGUCAAACAGCACAGACCAAACAGCCACCAGCAAGAACUUCUCAUCCAGGAUCUCAUCACCCUCCACAACUUAAACAUAUGUCAGCUUCCAGUGUUCAAAGCUCUCAGAAAUCCUUCGCUGCUGGUAGUCCAUCUCAAGCCAGUUUCACUGCAGGCAGUGCGUCACAAGUCAAUUUUGCAGCUGGCAGUGCACCACAGUCCAGCAGUCCUCAGAUAAUUCCUACUUCAGUAGGAACCAUUUCCGUGAGUCCCAGGAAUGUUCCAGAACCUUCACCACCAUUGCCCUCACCAAUCAAACCAUCAGCUGAUGUUAGCAGACGACAGCCAACACUUUUAAUUGAUCAGCCUCAGUCUGAAAGUACUCCUCCCAAUCAGGAUCUUACAACAAGUAAUUCUCAAGAAAAAGACACAGCAACACAGAAAGCCAUCGAGAUGCACUCAGAUGAUGUUGAAAGGUUGCUAGCUGCAUCUGAACCUGUUGCUAUGCAGAGUGAUAAUAAUGCUGAUGGUAAGUCUGUUGAGUCUACCACAGGCAUGACAGUGAUAAAGAUAGAGGAGGACGAGGACACAGGGGGGCUAGACAUGUAUGUCGAUAUUCCUGAUGACAUUAAACACCCUGUUAAUCUGGGCAGUCAGGAUGAUUUGGGUGAGCCGAGCGAGAUUGAAGAUCCUCCGGGGGAAUGGUCUAGGGAAGAUUUCUCCAAUGAGAGUAGCGGUCUCGGUGGUGAUCCAAAUGUUUCCUGGCAAGACGGUUCCUUUAGCAAAGGUCUUGAAGCAGACGUUAACAAUCCCGGGCAGCUUAGUAAUAAAAACAUGGCAAGAUUUGCAUCGCUUGACGACGCCCAAUUCCAGCGACUUCUUGAUGAUAAAGAUGCAGGGAACACUCAGAAGGCCACAAAAAUGGCUGUGAAAGUAUUUCGAAGCUAUUUAGUGGAAAAGGGACUUUCUCCUGAUUUUGAAUUAAUGGAACCAGAUGCAUUGGAUUCUGCUUUGUCCAAAUUUUAUGCGGAGGCUAGAACAAUCGGGGGUAAACUGUACAAAAAGAGCAGUUUGUUUUCUAUCAGACAUGGACUGGGCAGGCAUUUGUGUGUGAAUUCACAAAACCAAAUCGAUAUUAUUCACGGAAACGAGUUCAGAAAAUCUCAGUUCGCUUUUUCGGCAGCGACCAAGGAAUUGAAACGAAGCGGUAUGGGAGGAGUUUCCCAUUAUCCGCCUAUCGAAACCAAUGACUUAAAACUUAUGUAUCAGUACUUUGAUACUGAGGACAAUGUAAAACUUCAGGAAAAGGUGUUUGUGGAAAUUGUGUUGUACUUUGGUCGUAGAGGUCGUGAAAAUUUGCACCAAUUGAAGGUAUCCGACUUCAGUGCCCGGCAUGAUGCAGAAGGUAGACUGUACAUUAAUUUUGACAAGGAUGAACUGACAAAAAAUCUUCAGGAGGAUCUCAACACAGCAGAUGGACGGAUGUAUGCAAUACCAGAUGAUCCUCUCUGUCCGGUAAAGUCAUUUUUGAAGUACAAGAGACAUUUAAAUCCAUUUUGUGAAAGGAUUUUCCAAAGGCCCAAACGCAGAUAUCAGAAUUGUAUAGAGUGGUUUGACAACAUCCCAAUAGGACACAAUAAAAUUGGGAACAUGAUGGCAGGAAUCUCGGAGAAAGCGGGCUUAUCACAAAGGUACACCAACCAUUCUCUCCGAGCCACGCUUGUUCACACCCUAGAUUCCACUGGGUUGUUCAGAAGUCGCCACAUCAUGAGUGUUAAAAGUUAUGAUUAAUUAUACUGUAUAAAAAUCAACUAAUUAUCUUAUCUGUUAUCAUUGACUUUUUGUGGAAAGCUUCAAAUAAAAUAAAGAUGAAUUUUGUAUCAUUGAAUUAUUUAAUGGUGUGGUAAAACAGUUAUUGGCAUUUUCUCAGUCAAUAGGGUCAGGUGAAUGUUUUACUUUGAGGGUAGAUAAAUCAUUGUAUUAACUGACAAGAUGUCAAGAAUUGUAUUUAAUGUCCAUUAUUUGUUGUUUCUGUAAUUACCAUUGGUCAGAAGAUUCUAAAAAAAAUGCAUAGAGAGAGAGAUGUAUGAAGUAGAUCUAUUAGCAUUGCUUAUAAUUUUCACUUACAUGUUUGAAUUCAACCUACAUGUGUAUGAAGCAGUAAAUCUAAAAAGUUUGUUUCUUUGGAUAAUGAUAAAUUUAUCUUUCUAAGACAGAACCAUAGAUACCAUAAUAACUUUUCUUGAUUUGAGUCUCAAUUCAAAUUUCUCCAGCGAUGGAACCAUGACUUGAAUUCCUUCAGUAUCAAAAGAAUUUGAACCCCUUCAGUUGUUUAAACAUGAUUUGAACCCCUUCAGCUGUUUAAACAUGAUUUGAAUUCCUUCAGCUAAUUAAACAUGAUUUGAAAUCUUUCAGCUAAUUAAACAUGAUUUGAAUUUCUGUAUCUAUUGAAACAUCAAGUUAUCAAUAUUAAACUGUCAGAGUGUGAAAGCAAUUUAUGUUUUGGCCAAAGCAGAAAUUUGUUUGGUUCAUGUCAUGAUAAGGAUCAUCUGCAUCUCUGUCGCAUCAAAUUGAUGUUAAUUUUAGUUUAUAAUUAUAAAUUUGUUGAUGAUGCCAUUGUCACUCAAUUUUCAGCAUCAGAAUUUAUGUUUGAUAAUAGUUGAUUCUGUUUGAUUAGUCCAUUCAGUGAUUAGCUGUCAAAAUACAAUAAAUCAAAAUCAAUUUUUCACACAUGUGCAACAUUCUUCAUGAGAGAUUUUUUAAAGUCAGCAUGAUUUGAAUACUAGUAAAUAAAAUCAUCUGAAAUUAUCAAGCUUCGUGUAAAUGUGUAGUAGAAUUAAAAAAUCUUGUACGAUUUUUUCAUUGUUCUCUCUAUAUUUUCCAGCUUCUUAUAUUAACAUUUUCUGCCCCUAAAUAUUGGGUCAGACAUUUUAAAUCCUUUACAAAUUUACAUUUAAGGCAGUUGUCAACAACCAACAAAAUGUUUGAUAGCUUUUAAUUUCACCUUUUCUCUCACAAGAAAAUCGCCUUUCUUUUUCAAAGUCAUAGUUCAAAAUGGAAGAAAAGGACAUUACAAAUCAACAACAGUUCAGUUACACAAUUCACCUGAAUUUGAUUGGUGCAUCUAAGUGUAUAAACAAUGCUACCUGGUAGGGAUUUUGUUGGGGUCUGUAGGGGGCCGAAAUAGGCCCCAAUACCAAUGCUAAAAAGCAGGUAUUUUUCCUAAAUUUGGCUUUGAAAUUCCCAAACAAUGAAAACAAGUCAAAGCAGGGUAGCCUUAUUGUUCAUAUAUCUUCUUCACAGGCUUAAUGUUUUGGUCUCUACUUAAUCGAAUGAAGUAAGCUUUGACCAAAUUGAAAGUCAGGAGUCCAAGUAUACCUUAAUGCACUCUGGGUUGGUUUUCUCCCUACUUCUUUGAAUGGAACAUUUUUCUCAAUUUGAAGAAAAUGUCGCUAUUUUUCCCAAUUGGAAAGGCCCAGGCCCUUGAAAUGAAGACCUUAAGAAAACCCCGUCUGGAGCUUUCCAGUAUGUGGAGCAACAUAUGCAAUUAACCAUGGUGAUAAUGAAUUUCAUUAUAUUCGAUAAAAAUCGGAUAAGAGGAACAAACAUUUUACUGUGCUAUAAGCAGAAUUAUCAUUAUGAUCAAUUUUAUAGCAACCGUCUUUGUAAUCGACGGAAAAAGAAGAUAUUGGGUUGGGUCCUAAAAAUCAAUCAUUGUGUGGGGCAUUUCAUUGUAUCUGAUUUUGUUGUAAACGGAAGCCACUGUAGAAGGAUACCAUGUAUUAUGCAUUGUCUAAUGGAAGAUUUUAAGGCAAUUUAAUAGUUCUUCUUGUCAGUGCCUAUGCUAUGUGUUAAUACUGUCAUUUUACUUGCACCGCUCAUAUAGAUAGGUGUUAAUGAAGUAAUGAAACCAACAGGAAAGGAUUGUUAAAACCUUGCAAAUUUCAUCAUUCUUAAUAAUUCAUAGGGAUGGAUUUUAAACUGAGCAUAUAUGUAUUGUCCUUUAUCCUCAAUUGUCAGGGUCUUUUUUAGAAGUUGUCUUUUAAUAGUAGAUUCUCAAGGAAAUACAUUUGGCAAUGUGAAAAGACAUUGAGAAAUGGACAAAGAGAUAUACUGCUCACUAUUUCCUGCAAUAUGGAAGCACAUUUUUCACAUUUAGACAAAAUAGAAUUUAUCUUUACUUAUUACAUAAUUAUGAUAAUCAACUGCAUUUUGAGGGGGGGGGGGGAUCAUUUGGACAAAGUACUUGGUGCAAAGAUCAGAAAUUUUUGACAUGAUUGUUAAGAAUUGCAGGAAUUAAGUGAUCAUGGCCCAGUAUUUUAUUUCUAUUUAUAUCAUGAUUAUAUUAAUUAUUUAACAUAUAGGACUCUAUAUACUGUCAGAAUGAAUUCCAUCCCUAUGCUUUUCUACAGGUUUGACAUUUCACAUAUUAAUCUGGGUUCAUGCUACACAUUUUUGGUGUUUGAGUUCUUGGAAGUUGAUCAACAUAACCUCCGUACCAUUUGCAGUGUAAUAGGUUACAACAAAUACAAUUAACAGCAGAAUAAUGGUUUGAUGAAAUUAUUCCUGAGAAUGAAACAUGUUUUGAUAAAAUGGAUUGACCAAUUCUGUAAAUGAUUAAAAAAAAAUUUGCAUCUUUUCAUAAUGGUACAGAAGUUCAUGUUUCAGCCUUCAAAAUUUUAAUGUGUUAACAGUAAGUGCUUAACACAUCAUCUUCAGAGUAUGUACUAUUAGUCUGCUUAAAAGCAGAACAAUUUUCCACACAAGCAGAGCGUGUGACAAUAGCCUUGAUCAAAGUAUUGAAUGUGGAUCAAGCAUGGUAUUAGUACUUUGUUGUUCAAUGCAGUAGUUUAGUAAAUCAACAUGUGUAUACUGUUGGUUAGACUCUGUAUUCAUAAGCUCUCAGAUGCACAUAUUAUGCAAUGCGUCUCAUGGCUGAGAACAUGAUUAUUUCGAGAUUGAUGAUGAACAAUUUUACCAUGAAGAAUAUGGAAGGGGAAUUUUUUUUCAGAAAGUGGACACAAGAUAGUAUCAGUUUACUAUGUUGAUAUGUAUAUAUCUACAUGACAAGAUGAUUCAACGUAACUUUUUCAAUGAUUGUUUUGUCAAAUUGUGUCGGAUUGUUGAAUUGCAGUGAAUUGUGAAGUUGGCAUGUUUCUAUUUGUUUGUGUAUUUGUGUAAGUCGUUUGUAAAAACGGAAAUAUGAAUAUAAAAUAAAGACACAUUUGUAACACAUACAUAGUAAAUUUUGUUUUUGUGAUUUUUACACAUUUAACGGAAGUACUCGACCACAAGAAUGUGCUAGUAGUAAUCAAAACACAUACAUGUAAUGUAGGUUCUCAGAAGAGUCCUUCUGUGGUUGUCAACAUUACAUGGGUACUCAUCACUGAUCAGGAAAUAUGUUAAUCACUUGUUUAAAAUUUGUCUCCACUUUAUUCAAGGCACUUACAUGCAUCUCCUAGAAACAGUUGUAGGGAAGAUAUAUAUAUAUAUAUACACACACACAUAUGCUGCGGUCCCUAUAGAAUUUUGUGUCUAAAGGUCAUAGGUCACCGUAAUUGAGAUGGUGCUGUGAAAGGAGAAUGCAUCAUUGUGACCCAUGAAUAUUGUUGAAUAAGUUAUAAUCUAAAUGAGUGUUUAUCAUAGAAAACAAUAAAUAAUAGACAUUGGUAGUCUACCAUGCACUUCAUAUGAUAUGUCAUGGCGGGUGUGACCGGUCGACAGGGGAUGCUUACUCCUCGACACCUGAUCCCACCCCUGCUGUGUCCAGGGGUCCGUGUUUGUCCAACUAUCUAUUUUGUAUUGCUUAUAGGAGUUCUGAGAUUGAUCACUGUUCGUUAUCUUCACCUUUAUAGGAGUUAUGAGAUUGAUCACUGUUCGUUAUCUUCACCUUUAUAGGAGUUAUGAGAUUGAUCACUGUUCGUUAUCUUCACCUUUCAUGAGGAUCAAAUAAAGCAAGUAGAAAAUAGAUAUAUACUGUACUUUUAUCAUUAUCCCAUUUUGCACUUUUAAUAUCUGCGUAAACACCCAUACAUUGUAGGUCAGUUUUGAUCUUGACACCUGUAUAUGGUUGGGGAAUAUAGUGCUAAUCUUUUCCAUCCUUCUGUCAUAAUUCAGUUCUGUUCAUUAUCCCUUCUACAAAUGCACAUAUUCAAAUGACAUUUUGUAUAUAAAUACAUUGUGAGAGUAUCCAGGUCACGUUUUUAAUUAGUUCUGGUGGAAUAAUUUUUGACAGAGCUGUGCACCUUGGAUUUAGAAAAUUUUAAGCAGUUAAUAGUUUCUGUUCCUUAUCUCAGUCCUACAUGGUCAGUUUGUAGCAGGACACAAGUGUGUCAUGAGAAUACGCAGGUCAAGUAUGUAUUUGGUUCAGGUCCCCCUCCCCCCUAAAAAAAUAAAUAAUUGGCAGAGUUAUGCCCCAGAACAGAUUGUGUUUAGUUCAGAUUGAAUAAUUUUUGGAAAAGUUGAGUCAUUUGGACUUCAAAAAAUCUCAAACAAUUAACGGUUUCUGCUCAUUAUGUCAGCCAUACAUGAACAGCUUGGACUGAACUUUUGGAUAUAUGGAUAAAUCACGAAAAUAUGCAGGUCAAGUACUUGUAUGGGUCCAGUGGGUAACUUUUGGCAGAGUUAUGAUUCUUGGGUGGUGACAUUUAUGUUGCUCCAACAGAUUUAGUUGUUGUGUCAGGUUUUCUCUUCAUAGAAGGAUUGAAUUCCUCUUUCAGUAGAUAUUUGAAUAUCCCUGUUGAUGAGGCUUUCAGUGUAGGCAGAGAGACAUCAAGAAAUGAUUAAUUUGAUUGAAAGUUAAGUUAUGAUGUAAUCAUGCUGAUUUUGCAAUGUUAUUGCCUAAUGCAUGGAGGUCCAAAGAAUUUAUUUCUGUCUAUGUUCAAAUGUUAUGUUGAUUACAAUCUUAAAGUAUGUCUAGUUUUGACAGGGUGGGGAGAUAAAGGUACAGUGCCUAUUUAAUGUCCAUUCAAUGUCACAGUUGGUAUUUGAAUAUGACAAUUUGGUAGACACAUAAUGGAAUAUUGCUGCAUGUAUUGGAAUAAAAUUUGUUUGUUUAUAUGUUGUUUAUUGUCACAUUUGAGAAUUUUUCACUCAUGUAGAGACAUCUCCUGAUUUAGGUGGAAGUGUAAUAAACUUUGACCUAUGUAUGGUGAUGAAGGUGGUAGCAUUGAAGGUUCUACAUCACAGAUCACAGGUGCAUUUUGAUAUCUUAGUCAUAUUUCAAGUUCAAAGUCAGUAACCAAAGUGGCAGUUUUGUACACAACUUAUUAUUUAGUGUCAUUUGAUAGUUUUUAUUCUCAUUCCUGGAACAGAAGGACAUUUUUGUCAAUAAGAAUUAUAGUAGUUGAGUUGUGGAGAAAACAAUUGUAAGUUAAGUCACUUUCUGUGAUUGAUUUCCUUGUUUUUACAUCCCUUGUGAAUUGCUCGCUCAUAUUGAGAUGUCAACAGCUGUAGGUAAAGUGCCUCAAAUUUACACCUAUGUACAUGUAUGAUGCUAUUAGGUAUGUAGCUGUGAUAAUUCAGUCAGUGUCAGAAUACAAACCAUGACAACAAAGAGACGUUUGUCUUUCUGCUUUAUACAAUCUGAAGAUGUGGCAGAUUGAGUGGAAGAUGCCUGUUGAUUUCUAAUCAUUAGGUCAAGGUCACAGCCAUUCAUACUUGUCCAAAAUGUACAUGUGGGUUUGAUGUCUUGGUCAAAGGACAUUAACAUUUCAAAUUUAAUUAAAAUCAGAUCCCAUUGGUUGGAUCAGAUCCACUCACCUUGUUUGCUAAUCAAGGAUCAAAAGAAAUCUCAUCACGAAUCAUGUUCUUAUGAUCAGAGGUCAUUACCUUUACCAAUUACACCAGCUUUUGGGAUGUUGAUUACUUAAUAGCAAGUUAACAUGGAGUAUGCUGUGACAGUUAUUGAAAAUUAUUAGAGAGACAAUGGAGGGGGGAAGAAUCUUUAAUCUGGUCAAAUAUUGGUGUCAAUCGCUUUUGUGAAAACAAGUUUUACAAAUAUAGGUACAUAUUCAUAUUACACAAAGACUUCAUAGGUUCAAUUACAGUAUCAUCCCAUCUCAAUGAGGUGAACCUAGUCUUAAAUAAAAUCAGUUUAACUGGACCAUAAAUUAUUGGCAAACCAUAGGGUCGAAAAAGAUAAGUAUACAUAUGAACUGUCUCACUUCACAAAAAUAUUGAAAUACGUACUUAUUUACACACUUAUCUUUAGGGUAUUCAACAUGCAGUUUUUAGGUACACUGUUACUUAAAUAAGAAGUCCUUACUGGUAUUAUAUGAGCACAACUUCAGACUGUGAUCAAUCCUUUUUAAAGCUACACUCAUCUUCACAAGUCAAGAGUUAUUGAUUUGUUACCUCGCACAAACAGUAGUGUGAGGUAUUCGAGGUAAUGAAUCAAUAACCUUGACUUGUGAAGAUGAACUACACUUUACUGGUAUUUGUUUAUUUAAUAGCUUUCGUAAGGUUUUAGUGCUUGAUGCAAAAUAAGCAUAAUAGAAAAUUGCAGUUAUGUCAACAAAAUGGCUGAUUACUUUCAUUUUCUCUAGCAAGUCAUUCAGCCAUGUAAACAAUUUUUUGUCACAUGAUUCCAGACAUUGUAAAUAGCCAACAGAACACUCUGUUUCAAGGCAUCAACCAUGUUGCCCAUCUGACAUAAGUUUAGUAAAUAAAUUACAAUCAUUAAGUAUCACUCCACCUUAAUGUUAUUCACAUAUCACCUGUCGCCCAAUAACAUCGCCGGCCAGUCAUGGUAGCCUAGUGGUCAUGGAGCUCUCUUUGCAACUUGGAAGUCCAGGUUCAAUUCAAUCCCAGCGCCACGUCAGAUCUAAGACGUAAACAUAGGUAGGGAAUGUUCCUUCAACAGGAAGGAUUCUUACUUAGAUGGGACGUAACACAGAGCAAACACCAACAUUAAGCCAAGUCAAGGUCAUUGUUCAUUUAGAAGUAGGAUUUUCUUCUGACCCUUACUUUUUUAAUAUCGAAAUAUUCGGUAUUAGUUAAUCUUAGUCCCAUAAGAACUACUCAAGUUACAUUAUAUAUGCAACAGGGGAAAUUGCUUCACUUGCUUAGAGUAUGUUGUCAUUUUUACAAAUUCAGUGAUUUGUCAUGAUGGCUGAGUGGUUAGAGUGUUCAGGUCUUGGGUUCGAAUCCUACUAAUGCCUUGACCACAUUAUACCUUAUUACGACACGAGGUCUAGAUUUAUAACACUUCACUUACAAUUGGUGAUGCCCAAAUAUGAAUGAAAAAUUAUCACAGGGUCAAUGGGACUUGAAGCAAAUAAACAAGCAAAUUCAUUGAAUUUAAAACAGCCAUAAGAAUUGAGCCAUAAAGAUGAAUAUGCUGCUAUUCAAUUUUUCAUUCCCUCCUCUGAAUUUGUAUUUUCAAAUAAUUCAUGUUUUCGUUUACUCUAUUAAGUUUUGUAUGUUAAUGAUACCUGUAAAUUUUGUAUUUUAAUGACACCUGUAAGUUUUGUAUAUUAAUGACACCUGUAAGUACACAUAGCACAGAACAUACAGUGUUCCUUAUCAGAUGUUGUCACUAACAAUUUGUCUAUCAUUUAACAAGUUUUCAGUAUUGCAUCCAUAUCUACACAUUUAGACACAGAAGGAUACAUUUAAUUAGAUGUGUAUCAUGCAUGUACAGCACACAUAAAACACUUAUCAUUCAAAAGUGCGGUAAAGUUCUGAUCCUGGUAUUACCCUUCAUUGUGAAGAAUCGAUCAUACCCAUCAUACUGACGUAUUUUUAGAAGACAAACGCGUAAACAUUGAAUCGUGUUUUUCACGGUCCAGAUAGGAAGUUCAUCACCAAAAGAUUGCGUUUGUCCAAGACUCCAUAAUGAUCAGGUAAUGUGCUGUGGUGAAACAGAUAUCAAAAUGUUACUUGAACCAAAUCAAUGUCAUUGUAUGUAAUGAUAAUGUUUACUAUACACUUGUCGUAUUUGAUUAUAGCUUACAGGUUUGCGCAGUGUUCUUUUGGUAGUAAAUUUAAUCUGUACAUGUACCGAGACAUGCAGUUACACAUUUCAGAGGUUCAUGUACCACACAUCCUAUUUCUGUGUCACCAUCAGAAGACAGACACAUGAGGAUCACUUUAUCUAGGUAGUACCUGGGUGGGAGGAUGGGUGUACUAGAUGCAUUGCACGAAAUCAUGAAGCCUAUUUCAAAUAUCUUCAUGAACUUUUUCUGCCCCCCCCCCCUUUUCCAUUAAAUUGUAGAGGCAUAGAGUGUUACCCCUUUUCAUCUGUCAUUCUAUCAUUCUCAUGUCUGUCAUUCUAUCAUAGUUUUUGUUGUUGUUGCUUCCUUGUCAAUAUUCAAUACUGAAUGAAUAUUCGAUAUGUCUCAAUAUUGAAGAUUUAGAGGUCAAGUUCGAGUUUCAUAUUGAUUGACCUAUGUUUGCCAAAGUUAUUUUCCCAUAUGAAAAUAUCUAAUUACUGUUUUCUGGAUUUUCGUGUCUGAUUUUCACCAAAGUUUGUUGCUCCGAAACUCUUUUUAUUCUUCCUGGACUAACCUUCUGAUUUCUAAUUAUUAAACGUUCCUGGACUUUUCCUGCUGCUGUUUUAGAUGAUUAGCAGAUUUUUAUUCUGUACUUUUAUAAUGAUAACUUUCAGAUCAAAAUUUCGCUUUCCGUAGUAAUUAAGUGAUUAAUGUCUUACUAAUUCAUUAGCAGGUCCACAUUACUCUUUCAUAUCCCUGCUAAUUAAUUUAAUUCAGUUUUCUUCACAACUGAUCAAGAAAUCAAAAACACAUUCUAUUUUUGUUUCAUUUACACCCAAUAUUAUUUUCACAUCCUUGGACUUCCAAAUACUUCAAACUUGAAUGUCAGCGGGGACAUUAAUACAUGUGGUACUGAUAUAAUGGAGGUCAAGGCCACAACAAAUUGGUUUCCAAUACACUCUUGUUAAGACCAAACUGUUUAAGAAGUGUAAGGAGUUGUCAUGGAACCAAGAUUGAUCGAUUGGUUAAUUGUUUUACGUCCCAAGAAUCAAGAAAAAGUAAUUGAUAAUAAACGACAUGGCAUAUCAUGUGCAAAUGACCUUGUUGAGCUCUAAAGGACGUUAUGCAGUUAAGUAUGAUAUAUGGUGCCUGGUUUGGUGUAUUUACAAGUAGUUUUUGUAAAUGUAAAUAUUGUAUAUAUUCAGACUUCACAACAUUGGAACAUUUAAACAUGUUUCAAGACUUUUCAUCUUUUUUUUUUUUUUUUUUAUCAAAUUGUGACAUUUUUAAAUUCAGUUUAAAAUUUCUUAAUAUAAUAUUUUCUUUAAUAGUGUUAUUGUUAAAUAUAUUAUACAUUGUAAAACAUUGAAUAGCAGUGGGUUCUUUUGUAUGUAUGUAUUGAAAUGUUUGAAAUCGAUUAGUCAGAUUUGUGUGAUAGGGGUUAUGUAUUGAGAUUUGUUACAUGUUUUUUUAAUCAUUACAUAUAUAAUGAUUUUUACUCUGUUUGUUAGUGUUUUGUAGAAUGUUCCUUCAUAUGAAAAAUGGGUUUUAAUUUUUUUUAUUUGUUUUGUAUUAUAUUAUAUUUUUUAUCCAGUGAUGGAUAUCUCAGAGUAAAGUGUAGAUACAAUGUAGAAAUCAGCAUGAUGUUUUACACAACAGUAUAUCACGAGAAGUUGAGAAUUGUAUAGGUUUAAGUUAUCUUUUCCUGUGUAGGUUUAGGCUAUUUUCCUAUUAUGUAGGCUAAGUCUUUCUGAAACAGUUCAAACUAGGCCAUUUACUGUCACUUUUUGUUUUUGAUAGGACCU